AUGGCGCAGCCACAGGAAAGCGCCAGUAUUUCAUCCGAUGAACUAGUGGUCUGGAAAGCUGCCGAGCGAGUGAGGCAAGGCGCCUCUUUACACCUCUCACGGGUAGCUCGCUGUAUCGCCUCUGCCACGAAAUUGCUGAAGGUCGGAACAAAAGCGAUGGAGCGAGUGGGCGGGAACACGAUUGUGUUUGGCCCUAUUCGUGGCCAUGCUGCUGACUUUGCGAACAUUCUACUAACGAAGGUGCUUCCGAAUCGUUGCGUCAGAAAUAUUGUUUUCUUGGGCAACUACAUCGAUGGAGCACACCAGUCGCUGGGUGUCCUCUUCCUGAUCUCGGCGCUUAUUGUGUGCUCUCGGUUCCACAUUGUACCUCUCAUCGGCAAGCAUGAAAUGAUGUACCCUAUCCACCCGGAGACCUUCGGUUCUCUUCGGAACGAGAUGCUUCUGUGCUGCACGCGCCGACGCCAGCCGCUGGAGCAGUACGAGAGUAUCAUGAAGGAAUUCUUUUCUGCUCUCCCCAUUGCGUGCGUGGUGGAGAACAAGUUCUUCUGCGUUGCCGGCGGGCCCUCCUCGAAGUUUCGCACACUGGAGGAGAUCGAGUUGAUAACGGUGACGCAGGAGGCAUCGAAAGAGUUUGUCUUGAAUGAACCAAUGGACGAGGAUGAGGAGCGCAUCGCUGACGGAUGCGCUUUUGUUGCAUCACAGGGGAACGAGCUCGCCUUCCGCUAUACGUUCAAUGCUGCCUGCAACUUCCUGAGCCGCAACAAAUUGGCAAUGCUCAUCGUUGGCAUGGAGUACCAUAUGAGUCUUCCAGACUACGACAGCUUUUCUCGCCCGAACCAUUACAAAGAAUCAAUCUACUUCCCCGGAUACAUCCUAGGUCGCUUCCACCCCGAGACGCAGUUGCCGGCAGUACUGUCGAUGUUCUCCGCACCGUCGUUCUGCGGUGUGAACCGCAACAACGCGUGCAUUGCGGAAAUUACCGGCAACCGGUUGGUGGUGCAGGAGCUGGGCGUUUAUGCGAAGCGCCCUCUUGUGACACCUGGCACGCAAGAUCAUGCCUUCUCGUGGGUGCAGCCGAUGCUGGAGCGUGCCGUCGUGGCCAUUGCCCGAGAUAUCAUUCUGGGGGUCAUCAAGGAGGAUGCAGCGAGUGAGGGCGAUGCUCACCGUAAGCGGUUGGAGGAAGUUGCCGUGUCGAAAAUGCGGCGCAUGUGUAUGCUACUGCAUACACACAACAUCCCUCUCCCUGAUGUGCCUAAGCUGGCGGUGAACUGA